ACCUAUUUUUGAAGGUGCCCUUCCUACUUUGGAAUAUUUCCAGUGUUGUUCAUCUAUGACUCAAGAAGAUUGUGUGCCAAGAAACUGCACGAUAUCACAAUUUGUCGGAUCACCUGCAACACAGUGAAGAAUGGCUGUGGUCGCUCAAUCACAUUACACAUUCGGGGUCCGAACUGGAGUUGCCAAUAAUCUUUGCUACUUGGAUGAGCAAACAGUAGUAUUUCCAUGUGGAAAUAAUCUGGUGCGUUACAACAUUGACCAAAAAUGGCAGAAAUUAAUCCCAGGGUCAGAGAAAAGCCAGGGCAUGUUUGCCAUGGCCUUAAGCCCCAACCGGCGUUACAUGGCCGUAUCAGAGCGAGCAGAGAAGGGCACCAUCACAGUGUAUGAUAUGCACCAUGAGCAGAGCCGUAGGAGAAAGGUGCUGACAGGCGGAGACCUUCCGGUCGGAGAGUUUGUUAGCUUGGCUUUUUCCCCAGACUCCAAGUUCCUUAUAGGCCAGUCUGGGGCCCCUGACUGGACCCUUUUCUUCUGGAUGUGGGAGAAGCAGCAUGUCUUAGCCACAGUCAAGACCACCACUCUCCCCAACAGUGUCUACCAGAUCAGCUUCAGCCCCCAUGACAACACACUGAUCUGUGUGAGUGGCAAUGGCGUGUUCAAGCAGUACCGUUACACAGAGGGCGCCUUGAAACAGUGCAACUCCACCAAGUUUGAGGCACAGAAUUUUAUGGCCCAUACGUGGAUGUCAGAGGAGCGUGUUAUUGCUGGCACGGACAUGGGUCGCCUGCUGGUGUUUGAAUCUGGCGACCUGCGUUGGGAGAUAAACGCCAGCUCCAAGACCUCAUAUGAGGCAGACAGACAGGAGACAGACCCCUCUGAGGAGGAUGCAGCCCAGACUCCCAGCAUGCCCUGCAUCGCGGCCAUCACAGCCUACUCCAAGGGCUUUGCCUGCUCCGCCGGCCAUGGCACUGUGUGCCUGUUUGAGAAGACAGAGGAGAAGGACCAGUACCGCAAGACCAGAGAGAUAAAGAUACCUCCAGAUCCGUAUGCCGUUGAGCCGAGCCAAGCCCAGGCGCAGGAGAUCACCACACUGUGCAUCAGUCCAUCAGAGGAGGGCCUGUCUGCCUGCACUGACCGAGGGCAGCUCUAUAACAUUACACUGGCCUCCACUGAGAUCAACAAGUCGGAACAAGCCCACUUUGAGUUUCUGUCCCACUCCUUCCACUCCAAGGCCAUCACUGGCCUGUCCAUCUGCAUUCGCAAACCCCUCAUCGCCACCUGUUCACUAGACCACUCUGUACGCAUAUGGAACUAUGAGACCAAUGUUCUGGAGCUGUAUAAAGAGUUCCAGGAGGAGGCCUACAGCGUGGCUCUCCACCCCUCUGGCCUCUUCAUACUGGUCGGCUUCACUGACAAACUCCGGCUGAUGAACCUGCUCAUAGACGACAUCCGGGUCUUUAAGGAGCUCACUGUGCGUGGCUCCAGAGAGUGUGCGUUCAGUCACGGAGGUCACAUGUUUGCUGCCGCCAAUGGAAAUGUCAUUCACAUCUACUCCACCACCACUUUCGAUAAUCUGCUCAAUCUUAAAGGACACAACGGGAAGGUACGGUCUCUGGUAUGGAGUAUGGAUGAUAAUCGGCUGGUGUCAUGUGGCAUGGAUGGUGCCGUGUACGAGUGGAACACCCAGACUGCUAAGCGAGAAUCUGAGAGUGUGCUGAAGUCCUGCAGCUACAAUAGUGUGGCCAUAUCCUCAGAUGGCAAGAACAUCUUUGCUGUCGGCUCAGAUCAUACCUUGAAGGAAAUCCAGGACUGCCAGAUCAUGAAGGAGAUGUUGGCAGAGGAUGCCGUAUACACCGCCGUCACAAUGACCCGAUCGGGACGCACCAUCUUCACCGGCACCUCCACUGGCACCAUCAGGGCCAUCAAGUACCCGAUCCCCGUCCAGAAGGAGUGGACAGAGUACCAGGCCCACUCGUCCGCCAUUAACAAAAUGCUCGUCACCUUCGAUGACCAGUACCUGCUGACGGUGUCUCAAGAUGGCUGCCUCCUGGUGUGGAAGAUCAUCGAUAAGGAGGGCCGCGGCCUGAAGAGGGAUAAAGACGUGUCUUACGCUGAGGAGAUUCUCAUCACCAAGUCUGACCUGGAGGAGAAGAAUCAGAUCAUGACAGAGCUGAAGACUCGAGUAGAGGAGCUGAAGAUGGAGAACGAGUACCAGCUACGGCUUAAGGACAUGAACUACAACGAGAAGAUCAAAGAGCUCUCUGAGAAGUUCAUGCACGAGAUAGAGGCCCUGAAGACCAGGAACCAGGUACUCAAAACUGACAUGGAGAAACAAGAGUGGUCUCACCAGGAGACCAUGACAGAUGUGAAUGAAAAGUUUGCAAAAGAACAGCAAGAUUUUGAGUCGACAAGCAACCAGAAGCUGAUGCUGGAGUACGAGAAGUACCACGAGCUCCAGCUGAAGUGCCAGCGCAUGCAGGAGGACUAUGAGCAGCAGCUGCAGACCAAGGAGCGCAGCAAGCAGAAGGCCCUGCAGGAGCUGACACGCAGCUACGAGAUGAAGCAGCAGGACAGGCAGCAGGUGCUCACGCAGUGUCAGGAGGAUGCCAGGCAGCAGUUGAGGGAGUUUGAGGAGACCAAGACCCAGAUUGAGGAGGACGGUGACCAGGAGAUCCAGUGCAUACGCAUCAAGUACGAGAAGAUCCUGCAGGAAGAGAGGGACAUCAACCUCUGUCUGAAGGGGGAGACGGGAAUCAUGAAAAAGAAGUUAAGCAGCCUGCAGCGGGAGAUAGACGAGCGCAGCAUGGACAUUGACAAACACAAGGUGGACAUGCAGAAGCAGCAGGCUGUGACACGAUCUCUGGAGAAGGACAUCCACACCCUGAAGAAGGAGAUCAUGGAGAGAGAUGAGACCAUCCAGGACAAGGAAAAGAGAAUAUAUGAACUGAAGAAGAAGAAUCAGGAGCUUGAAAAGUUCAAAUUCGUACUAGACUACAAGAUCAAAGAGCUAAAGAAACAGAUUGAGCCCCGGGAGAAUGACAUCAAAGAAAUGAAAGAGCAAAUCCUAGAGAUGGAAACUGAACUGGAUAAGUUCCAUAAGAAGAACACACAGCUGGAGUUGAACAACUCUGAACUGAAGCUUAAGGUGAAGGUUACAGACAGAGAGCUGCACAAGGAGAUGAGGAGGGUGAAGGAUGUGGAGUCCCUGGUACACAGCUUCAAGAGGGAGCUGCACCACUGUGUCUUGUUCAUCCAGGAGCCCAGAAAGCUGAAGGACAGCAUCCGCGAGCUGUACGAGCACUACGUGCAGCAGAGCGAUGUGGUCGAGAUAGUGGGUGCGGACAAGGACAUCGAGCGAGAGUACUGCCGGCAGAGGGAGCACCUGGAGAGGAAUGUGGCCUCACUCAAGAAGAAGCUGGCCAAAGAUGCCGACGUACACCGCACAGAGAGCAACAAAAUUAUGUCGGAGAAUGUCUCACUGAUCACAGAGAUCAACGACCUGCGGCGGGAGCUCCGUAUGCUGCGAACCCAGAUCCACGACUACGAGUGCCAGGCCACCAUCACCAAGAGGAGCAAGCCUAAGAGCCUGACCGACAGCAAAUGCCACUCAGAAAAAGGAGGAAUGGAAGGAUCCUCAAGUCUUCUCAGAAACAGCAAGUUGAGAGCAUCCUUUGAGGGCCUCAUCCCACGCCUUAACUUGGAGGAAGAGGAGUGCCUCGCCCUGCGGACCCCCACCAGCAACACCAAGCUGCCCGCUCUGGCCACCUGAAUACGUCGGCUGUGGAGGAUACACUUUAUUCUCUCUUAUUUUUUAAAUAUUAGCCAGAGUAUGAAUUAUUAUCCAGCAUAUGAAUAUUAGGGGGAGCACAUGAAAUUAAAUCUGAUUAGUGUAGCAAGUGUAUUAUGGCACACACUCAGAAAUAUGUACUGUGAUAACUGAUUCAAUUUACUUGGAUAAGAGGAUAAGAAACAAAGAUGUUAAAAUUAGUCUCGUAGUGUAAUAUGUAAAUAAAUGUUUUUCUAAUGAAAUCGGA